AUCCGUGCCUACGAGAGCUCGGGCAGCCUGGAGUCCCGUGGUGUGUUAGCUCGGGAAAUCUUUCAUGAAUAUAUCCUGCGGGAACUUCUGUCUUUCCCCGAGGCUUUUCCUGAAAGCAUUGUCACUGAGAUACAGUAUUGUCUUCAUCAGCGUCGCUAUCCCCACAAUCUCUUUCAGCCGAUUGUUCCGGAAAUCUGCCAAGCUCUCUCCCGACAAAUCUUCACCCGGUUCCUGAACAGUAAACAGUUUACCAGAUUCUGUCAGUGGAGGAAUCUCCAGCUCAGUGUCCAGGUGGGAAUCCAGGAUUUUCGUGUCCUGGCUCUGAUCCAGCCACAUCCCUACGGCCAGCGCUACAAAUGUCACAAACUCGACACUGGAAAGAUAUACACCAUGAAGUGCUACAGAAAGUCCGCGCUGACCCAGAAGGGGGCGAUGCCCCUUGCCCUGAAUGAGCAGAGGAUUCUCACCACCCUCAGUAAACAGGAUUGGCCAUUUCUUAUCCAGAUGACAUAUACCUUCCAAACACAGGACAUGCUCUGUUAUAUCUUGGACUACACUGCAGGUGGGGACCUGCAGACUCUAACCAAGGACAUGCAUUUGUUGGAAAUGGAGGCUCGGUUUUACGCAGCAGAGAUCAUCCUGGGUUUGGAGUUCAUUCACAAACACUCCAUCGUGUACAGGGACCUCAAGCUCUCCAACGUCUCCCUGACCAGGAGCGGCCAUGUUAGACUGGCGGACACACACCUGGCAUGUGACUUCACCGACAGACCACCCACCGCCACCGUAGGUACGCGUGGAUACGUGGCCCCUGAGGUUCUCGAGAAGGGGACGGCCUACAGCAGCAGCGCUGAUUGGUUCUCCCUGGGCUGCCUCAUCUACCAUCUCAUUGAAGGUCACUCUCCUUACAAUCAGAAGGCCACUGAGGGGAUGAGAAAACAUGGACUUCAGCCGGGAUCGAUGCCUCUCGAUCUCCGGGACGAUUACAGCCCAGAGAUGGAGUCACUGCUGAAGGGGCUGCUGCAACCUGUCGUGGACCAGAGGCUGGGAUGUACCAACCAAGGGGCUUUGGAAUUGAAAUCGCACCCAUUUUUCACCAACGUGAACUGGCACAUGGUCUACGUGCAAGAGUACCCACCCCCACUUAUACCACCUCGGGAAGCUGGGCUGGAUACCAGCCUGCACUUGGAGCACAUCGAGGGGAAACACAGCUCGUUGCUGGGAAGUGAUGAGGAACUCUUCCGGAAUUUCGCUGUGACCAUGCCGGAACGUUGGUCCUCAGAGAUCGUUGAUACCAUUUUUGGGGAAGUCAAUGAGGCAGCGGAUCAGGAACUUGCUGCUCACGGCUGGAAACACUGGGAUCCUGAUGGGCUGGCAGACCCCCAGCUCUGUCGAAGGUGCAUUAUGCAUGGUUAUGGCACCCUGAUGGACAGCCCCCUGGGAACCCGCUGCUAUUUCUACCUCUAUCCCCGCAGCCUGGAGUGGAGGAGGAAAGGCGAUCACACGUGUGAGGUACUGAGUCUGGUGGAUAUUGAGUCUGUGAUCCAGGCCCAGGCCGGGAGGUGUUCCUCGCUGCAGGUCACUGUCCGGGGAAAGGAGCCCAUGAUCCUGAAAUUCGAUAGUUACCCGGAGUGUUAUCAGUGGGGGAAGGAGUUACGGAACCCUCAGAAGACCACUCCAUCCCGACGUAAACACCUGGUCAGUGUCAGCUUUGUCGGCACGAAUGCAGGCCCUUCCUGAAGGCGUGCUAUCCCCCUGAUGGAACUGUCUAACGCCACGCUCCCAGACUAACAGACGGUUUCCCUCCCAGACACCCGCACUGCCUUCCAGGAUUCAAUAAAGUACCUUCC